AGCGCCGGGCAUCCCCUCGCCCCGCGCGGCCGGGGGUGCUCGCCCCGGCGGCCGCCCCUCUGCCCCCGCGGAGCCGCCGGAGCCGAGAGCGAGCGGGGAGAGCGGCGGAGCUCAGCCGAGCGCGGCCGCGGCCACCCCGGGCGCCGAGAUUCUUUAUCUUUGUUCAGGAGCCUAAGGUUGCUUGCUGAUCACAAGAAGAUGUUUCUGUGGCUCUUUCUGGUUCUGUCAUCUCCAGUUUCUUCUACAACUGCAGAUGCUGAUAUAUCUGUGGAAAUUUGCAAUGUUUGCUCCUGUGUGUCAGUUGAGAAUGUACUCUAUGUCAACUGUGAGAAGGUUGCAGUCUACAGACCAAAUCAGCUUAAACCACCAUGGUCUAAUUUUUACCACCUCAACUUCCAAAACAACCUGCUAAUUGUUCUAUAUCCAAAUUCCUUUCCUAAUUUUACACAUGCAGUGUCCUUGCAACUGGGUAAUAACAAGUUGCAGAACAUUGAGGGAGGGGCCUUUAUGGGUCUUAGUUCAUUAAAACAGUUGCACUUAAACAACAACGAAUUAAAGAUUCUCCGGGCUGACACUUUCCUUGGCAUAGAGAACUUGGAGUAUCUCCAAGCUGACUACAAUUUAAUCAAGUUUAUUGAACGGGGAGCCUUCAAUAAGCUUCACAAGCUGAAAGUCCUGAUACUUAACGACAAUCUGAUUUCAUUCCUUCCCGAUAAUAUUUUUCGAUUUGCUUCUCUAACCCACCUGGAUAUACGGGGGAAUCGAAUACAGAAGCUUCCAUACAUUGGAGUUCUGGAACACAUCGGGCGAAUCGUCGAACUGCAGCUGGAAGACAACCCCUGGAAUUGUACUUGUGAUUUGUUGCCUUUGAAGGCGUGGCUGGAGAACAUGCCCUAUAACAUCUACAUUGGAGAGGCGAUCUGUGAGACACCCAGUGACUUGUACGGAAGGCUGCUGAAAGAAACCAAUAAGCAAGAGCUGUGCUCCAUGGGGACGGGGAGUGAUUUUGACGUGCGCAUCCUGCCUCCCUCGCAGCUGGAGCCCGGGUACAGCACACCAAACGGCCACACCACUCAAACAUCAGUGCACAGAUUAGUCACAAAGCCGCCCAAGACUACAAAUCCUUCGAAGAUCUCGGGGAUAGUAGCAGGCAAAGCGUUCUCUAAUCGCAACCUCAGUCAAAUCGUAUUUUACCAGACCAGGGUGCCUCCUUUAACUCCUUGCCCGGUCCCUUGUGUUUGCAAAACUCAUCCUUCAGACUUGGGAUUAAGUGUGAAUUGCCAAGAAAGAAAUAUAGAAUCCAUGGCUGAACUCGUACCAAAACCUUUAAAUGCCAAGAAACUGCAUGUAAACGGCAAUUAUAUUAAGGAUGUGGAUACUACAGAUUUCACUGAGUUUGAGGGGCUGGAUUUGCUACAUUUAGGCAGCAAUCGGAUUUCAGUGAUCAAAGGAGACGUUUUCCGCAACCUUACAAAUUUACGGAGAUUGUAUCUCAAUGGCAAUCAGAUAGAGCGUCUGAGCCCAGAAAUGUUUGCUGGCCUCCACAACUUGCAGUAUCUGUAUUUGGAAUACAAUGUUAUCAAAGAGAUCCUAGCAGGCACCUUUGACUUAAUGCCCAAUUUGCAGUUGCUCUACCUGAACAACAAUCUCCUCCGAAGCUUGCCAGCGUACAUUUUUGCUGGUGCACCACUUGCUAGACUGAAUCUGAGGAACAAUCACUUCAUGUAUUUACCUGUAAGUGGUGUUCUUGAUCAGCUAAAAUCUCUUACACAAAUAGAUUUGGAAGGUAAUCCAUGGGACUGCACUUGUGAUUUAGUUGCUUUAAAGCUGUGGCUUGAAAAGCUAAACGAAGAUAUUGUGGUGAAGGAGUUGAAAUGUGAAACGCCUGUACAGUUUGCUAACAUAGAACUGAAGUCUCUGAAAAAUGAGAUCCUCUGUCCUAAACUUUUAAACAAGCCAUCUGCUCUGUUCACUAGCCCUAUGCCUGCUGUUACUUUUACAACACCACCGGGACCGGUUCGGAGUCCUCCUGGUGGCCCAGUUCCAUUAUCCAUCCUCAUCUUAAGCAUAUUAGUUGUGCUGAUUUUAACGGUGUUCGUUGCUUUUUGCCUCCUCGUUUUUGUGCUUCGGCGCAACAAAAAGCCAGCUGUAAAGCACGAAGGGAUUGGGAACCAGGAGUGCAGUUCUAUGCAGCUGCAGCUGAGAAAGCACGACCACAAGGCAAACAAAAAAGAUGGACUGGGUGCAGAGGCCUUCAUUCCUCAAACCAUUGAGCAGAUGAGCAAAAGUCACACCUGUGGCUUAAAGGAGUCUGAAACGGGCUUCACGUUUGCUGACCCACCAGGGCAAAAAGUCAUUCUGAGAAAUAUUAAUGACAAGGAGAAAGAUUUGUUGCAUGUGGAUACCAGAAAAAGACUUAGCACAAUUGAUGAACUGGAUGAGUUAUUCCCUGGGAGGGAUUCCAAUGUAUUUAUUCAGAAUUUUCUUGAAAGUAAAAAAGAAUACAACAGCAUAGGGGUGAGUGGCUUUGAAAUACGUUACCCAGAGAAACUACAAGACAAAAAAACCAAGAAAUCGUUAAUAGGUGGUAAUCAUAGUAAAAUUGUAGUAGAACAAAGAAAAAGUGAAUAUUUUGAACUAAAAGCUAAACUUCAAGGUUCACCUGACUACCUACAAGUCCUUGAAGAACAAACAGCUUUGAAUAAAAUAUAGGUCAUACAAUCUUAUUGCCUACAGAGGACAUUUAUUUAAUGAUGAAAGUGCCUUUUGUUGACUUUUAACUUCCAAAUACUAUAUUAUAUUGGUAGGCAUAGAGGCAGGUGUAUCCAGGGGUGUCUGAUUAACUGUAGCUGCGUAUGAUUUGUCGAGUAGAGGAGAAUUUCCUUAAUAGAUUUUACUACAUAAAGCUCAUGCCCAGUGGAAUCCUGUAGGGAUACUGCAAACUCUAUUGCCAAAGGGAUGCUUUAUACACGUUACACUGAAUUUAACCUCAAGAGGCAUAUAUGUUUUGUAUCUUAAAUGCAAACCAUCGUCUCCUUGUGAUUUGUUAGAACAAACACAAGAAACCUGGUACUGAUAUUUGUACCUCAGCUGGGUCCUUCAUCCUGCACGUGGAUUUAAGUUGGUGGAACUGGAGUAAUCCUUUGAUUUGUGGUGUUGUAAUGGCACUGUUUAAAGCUUAUCUGGAAAGUAACAAGCAUGCAAAGAGAGAACAUUCAAUAGUAUGUGUAAAUUGGUUACAUUUACGGGCUGCAUCUUGAAACCACUGGAAUUAUAAUGUUAAAUUGUGCAAAUAUUUGUUUAAAAUAUACCAUGCAUUACAUACCUAUGGAAUAAAUUUGACCACUUGAAGCAUACACGUCUAUACAGAAAAUUUAAAAAAAAAAAAAAAAGAAAGAAAAUAGUUUAACCUGACUUCUGCAGUAUUUGUGACAUCUGAAGAAAAGAUUUGAUAUUUAUGCAGAAUCUGUUCUAAGACUCAUCUCCAACUAAACCUAGAGUUCCUUCUCAGUUAUGUGAAACUCUUGCAACCCAACAGGUUGUCCAAAAUUGUCAAAGUGCUUACUGUGUGAGCGUAGCAGAAAUUAUUUUUGUAAUAUAAUUCAUAUUUAUGAAAUACUUUGUAUACUAAAUAGGAAAGAAUAUGUACUCCUUAAUAUGUAUUUAAUAUGCCUGACUUGUUUUCCUGAUCACACUGCAUUAAUCAUUCAGUAUAAAUAAAACCAGAACAAUAUACCAAACAGCAACCGGGGAUGUAAUGUAUAGCAUUAUCCAGAAUUAAGUGAUCAGAUAUAAUAAUGAUAAUAAAAAGAAUUGUUCUGUACUAUUCUUGUGAGAUUAGCAUAUUAUCUUAUUUCAGAUUUGUUACCAAUGGUGCAUUUUAAAAUAGAUUCAUUAGUUUUUUUUAGUGUUGUGUCUCAGGCAAUUAUUUGCCAUCAGUUUUCUUGAUUUUUCAGGUCUCUACAGCUUGAUAUAAAUAGUUUUCACUACAAGCAUUUACAGGAAUUCAUGCUGAGGGUAACAUUUUAAUUGGAUAUGCAGAAGUUUUCUGUUCUUAUUAUCUCUCUGGCUGCUGUUAGUCAGCAAAACCUGAUCAGAACAGUGAACAAUAUGGCAAAUAAUGUCUAUUUAAAACCACAGUGUAAAAUGAAUAUAGUGGUCUCAGUUCAGAGUAUUGUGUAGCUCAUACCUGGAGAGUAAAAACUUGCCUUUGUGAAAACUGAAUCUGAAUAGCUAGGAAAAAAAAAAGUAGGAGAAUGGAAAAUCCCCACUGUAUCUCACUGAUAGAUGGUACCUUGACACGAGAAUGGAGAUAUAUUGGUAAAGCAUCCCACAAAAAAAUCUAUGUGAUGAGAUUAACAAGAGCUCUUUGUCUUCAUGAGCUUUGAAUAAGACCCUCUUCCCUCCUUUGCUUCUAGAACCAUUAUCCCUCCCUACCUUUUAAAAUCAGUAAGUCAGUCAGUUAAGAUAGCAGGAUAUAAACAUGAAUGUUUUUCAUGAAUUUGAAACUAGCAAAAAUUAGAGCGAGACCCAAUAAUAAUACUGUUGAGAAGGCUGUGUCAGCUAUUUCCAAUAUAAAACCUCUAAUUUCAGGGCUUUAUUACAGUGAUUUGAAAUUUUUAUUCUGGAAUGAUACUUGGCAACCAGCCUGCAGUAUAUUUUUAACAAAAUAUACAAAAAAAUAAAAAUAAAAAAGCAAGCACUGCUUCUUUAUUUAAGAGAAAGCAAACAAAACAUUUCUCUACUUUUAGUAAUUUUUUUAUGCUCUUGUGGCUUAGAAAGAGGGUUGUUUUAUUAUUUUUCUCCAUACUUCAAAGUAUAUACAUGACUUCAGAUAAUAAAAUUCUAACAGAUAAAUUAAUGGCUGAGUUCCUUUCAAAAAGCUGUGGCUAUCUGUGCAGAAUAAUGAACGUAAUUCAGAAUGUCAUAGGGAUUUUCAGGACACGGAUACUAUACACAUAUGCAUUUCUAGCAUGACAAGUUCCUGGUUGACCAGUGAUGGCCAAGGUUGGAAAAGGAACAUAUAUGAGUUUGUUGUCUGUGGAUUAAGGAGUGUUCACGAUGCACUGAUGUGGCAGGCUCUGAUGGCUCCAUCAGCAGGCUGAGGAUGAGGGGUCACUGUGCCUGCUCCGCACAGUGCUGCGUGGUUUGGAGGAUGUGUCCAAGUUCACUGGGAUUUGCCAAAGCAGGAGGGUUCUGACAGGCUCAGUGCAUUGUCAGGCUGUCAGGGCCCUUUCCCUGCCUGAGAGAGAUGUGUUAAAAAUAGGAAAAGUAGCAAAUAAGCCAAUACUUCCAAGUGAUGAUAAAACUGAUGUGCUUAUGACUCAUGUUGCCCUGAGUUCAAAGAACAGUGAUAAAUGAUCAUACCUUCCUCAGCUAAAAAAUUGAGGGGUUUUGGUUUUGGCUUUUUUUUUGGGGGGAGUGGUGUUGUUCAUUUGUUGGGUUUUUUUUCUUGGUUUUGAAUUUUGUUUUGGUCUCUUUGUUAUGGUGUCCUCUAUUUGCUGAUCUCUUAUGCUGUACCAUUACAGUGGGUCAGAGUUUCCUGACCACUGAGGUCCCAAUCCGGUCAAGCAUUUAAGCUCAACCUAAAUCCUGUGCAGAGGAACUAUUCAUGAGCUAACAAUGAAACACCUGCCCAAGAGUGGGGCUUAGAUAAAGAGUUUUGUCAUUGAACUUCAAACCAAGCCAGCUCAGAAACAUUGUAUAUAAUACAUAGAGCCCAGGGAUUCUUCUGGGGUUAUGCAGUUGAGUGUAGGUUCACCAGCAUCACUAAAGGUUGCACAAUCUGGACCUUCCUGUAGAAAUUGUUCCUAAGUGUUUGACAAUAUAUGGUGCAAUAUGUAGGCAUAAUAGUGUGAGUGAAGAAUGCAGAAGCCGGCAAAAAACACUGUAUGUCUGUGAAAUUGUUAACUUUGAAUGGCAACCUCAAUGUCAGUUUAUUUUCUCCAUGUUUUUGAAGCAGUGUAUGUGUCUGCACAGCAGUUUUAGUGUAAUGUCCAUUCAAAUCUCUGGUCAGUCUUUCUGAGAAGGUGACUCUUGGGAUGUGGCUUAACAAGGUCUGUCUGUUCAUUAUCUUGGUUUGAGUGGCCAUGCUUGUAAAAUGGCUGUUAAGACCCAUAGACAUAAACUAAAUCAGUGAAGGUGUUAACAUAAUCUGUCGUCUCCACUGUAUUAUAAAGAAGUUUCCAUCUUGAAAUAAAACCAAUAAAGUGUAAUCGUUUUCCUUGGAACAAAAAGAAAAAAAUUGUGCAAUUUUAUCAAAAAGCAAAUACCACGGUGCAAGAACACAAGACCAGGUGAUUUUAUGUUUUGCAUUUAGUGUUCAAGAUUAAAAAUAAUGCAGCAAUCUAGUAUAAAAAUCCUCUUUAAAUGCUUUUUUUUUUUUUUUAAAGCCAUAAAUUAUAAAGGCAUGGCCUUGUGAGUAAUGUUAACAAAUGUUUCAGAAUCAAGAAAAAACAUCCAGAACUUGAUGGUGGUAUAAUAUCUAUAAUAUCUUUUGCAUGAUUUGUAUGUUGAUAUUGUAUGAAAUGAGCACAGUGAGACUUUUUUUUUUUUGGUUGCAUCCAAAGAGAUAGGAAGGAAAUAUAACAAGAAUGUAUUUAUAAUCACUCUAUUUUGAAAUAAAGUAAAGAAAACAAAAUGUAUUGGCUUUACCCUGUUUUGAUCAUUACUAUUAUAGUUUAAGAUAGUUACUUAUGACAUCCAGCCCAAUGUAAAACACAGAAAGCUGUUGUUUAUUAAUUUUGUUUGCCUUCAUCAACAUCAAAAUACUAGCCAGUGUUGACUUCAAAAUUUGUAUGAAAUAUUAAUAAAAUUGUUUGGUACUAUUGUAUUUCUGAAACUAGAGUUUGUCAAGUGCCUGUAAUCUCUUUUGGAUCAUUUGUGUAUGGAUGACAGAGAAUCUAUAAAGCAGCUAAACAGUAAUAUUUUCUAAUCACUUCAACAAUUUGUUAUCAUAUUUUAAGAAAGUUUUUCCAUCUUCUGUUGUCCAGCAAAAUCUUCCUUUCCCAUUGUGCAAAUAAUCCCUCCAAAGUCAGUGAAAUUUUUUUGCAUGAGUUACACAAGCAGAAUUUAGUUUUGGUUGGAUUCUGAGUUCUCAACACAGAAUUGCUUAUAGGAUCACUUACAUAAUGCUGGGGGUAUUUGUUUUGAUUCUGCUCCUUUCUUAUUUAUCAUUUCCAAUUACACAGUUUCUCAGAGGAAAGAAAAUUUAGUUUGUCCUUAGGAAAAACAAAAACAUCAAUCCAUCUACUAUUUCAUAGUAUAUAUAGUUUUAUAACUGAAAGUUGAAAAGCUGUCUGUAGAUAGUUUAACUUCCAACUUUAUAUUUUGUAGUAAAAAUGGUUUACAAAGCCUCACAAAAAUCUCCAUGGCAAGGGAGAAGAGCAGGAACAGAACUCUAUUAUAUCUAGAUCAAACAUUCCCUGUUGUGUAGGAUUUAACGUGCAUUAUAAUAGCAGUGAAUGAGAAUCAGAAUGUGAUAUGGACUAGAAAAUUGGGACUUGAUAUGGAUUUUUUUCGCUUCCAGUUGAAGUGUAACAUUAGGAGCAAACCCACAGCAUUAGCUGGAAAAAGGCCUACAUAUAUAUUCCAUAUAAUUUCUUUCUAAAGAAAAUCUUGAGAACCAAGAAUUAAGUAGUCAUGUUUUGAUAAUGUGUGCACUGCUUUUCUGAAUGGAGAGGAAUUUGACAGUUUUCUUUUAAUUUGUUUUGUCAUUAUUGAGUCUUUAUUUCCAAUUUCAGUUUACUCAUCCUUAUGUGUUCUGGUUGAUGCUCUGUUGGAAAGUAAAAAUAGGAAUGUUAGUGCUCAGGGACAAACUCUUCUCAGAAAUUUACCAUUGUAAAUCCGGACUGACUGAGCAGACUUUGGAAUCAAGUCAGCCUUUUCCUAGUAAAGAAAAAAAAGCAGAAAAUAUUAGAUGAGGAGCUGCCUAUCCAUCACUGAACUAAAAAUAAAUAAUUUUUUACUUGAAAUGUAAUGUUUCUUUAUGCUCUAUUGAUUUGUGUUGUAAAGCUGUUGUUACUAUUUUCAAAUUGCUAUAGGGAGAAUACAGACUAAGGGCAGUCCUGGGUCAGUUUGAAAUGAGUGGAACUCUACAAUGAUUCAAGAACUGUGGGCAUCCUGGAGAUGUACUAUGGGUACGAAACUAUUUCAGUUUGCUGGUUUAAUGCAUAGACUUGGGGUAGAUCUCACAUAAAAUACAAAUGCUUUCUUAACACUACAAUUUAUUUUCUUCCUAUAAUGGAACAAAGUUACCCUGCUCUUCUUUCUCAUUAAGUAAGGAGUUUAUUGCACAUAUAUUUGGUUUACUGUUAAUUUUAUUUGUGUUCACUGGUAAUACUUGAGAUAAUUCAUUUGUUGUCUGAAAACAGUACACUUUGAGCAGUCUGUUAUUUUUAAAAUACCAGUCAUUGGUAACAGACUGAUACUGAAUUAUAUUGAUUUUUCAUUCCCUUGUCAGGAAUUUUUAUAGCCAUUUAACACAAAAUAAUUCCUUAAAAGCACAAAUAAAGAUUAGAUAAGAAAAAAAGACCUAGUUGCUACUAAAUCUGAAUUUUUUUAUGUGUGUGUAUGUGAAGGCUUAACAUUCUGUAAAAUAACUGUGAUGGGUUACCAGUGUUACAUCAUUAUCUAUUAGGUCUUUGUUUAACCAGAAAACAGAAGGUGAUCUCUAUAUGGUUUAGUGGUCAUUUUGUAAACAUACAGUAACAGAGAAUAUUCCUCAGUUUCCCCCAUCCACCAGCAUUUCAUUUCUUGGUUUAAUUCAAUGUAAUUCCCUGGAAAUGUGUGUGCUGUGACCUUCCAAGACACCCUUCUACUUCAUGCUCUCACUUCACCUUCCGUGAACCAGACCUUUCCAGCUGGAUGUUUGUCUAGACUUCAGUUAACAGCAGUUUCCAAGGAGGCAGAGGAGGAGGAUUUGUGGAUUUCUAAAACCCAGCUAAAAAAAGGCAAACUGUCAGAGACCGUCCUGGAUGAUUCCUGAGUCAUGUCAGGUGGUGUGUGAUACAAACCAGAGAAGUGUAGGAAAUGGUUUAAGCUUCUGUUGUGAAGACUCGGGCUGGGCUUUUGCAGCUGGACAAUCCCAGCUUUCCAUGACUGUAAGUUGUACAGUGUAACAUAAAUGUGAUUCAGUCAAUUGGGUCCUUUGGGCUAAAUCCUGCAGGCACCUGCACCCACUUAACCCAAGCCAGGUUUUGGUGUCACUACUCACUCAAAAGUCUUGGGCAAAUUAUUUAGGUUAAAGCACAUGUGAUAUGUAUUUCUUAAUGAGCCUGAGAGGUGGAUGCAUAUUGGGUGCUGUUUGGGUGUGGAGGUCAGUCUGCACCCAAUGUUUGUUGAGGAAUUGCUUUGGUAGAGACUCUCUUCGCGUGGCACAUUAGUGGUGAUAUCUGAAUAUGAGGCACUGUAUGGUAAGUACAUCUCAAUGAGCAGAGUCACAAAGGGCAGCGUGUUUUGACAGAUUUUGAGCUCUUCACUGCAAGGAACUGCAGGAAAUGAUGUACCAUACAGCAGAUUUUCUUGCUCUCUGGCAGGAUUUCAUAGACCCUCUGAGUCCUUCUCAGCAGGGUAUUCUUCUUGUCUAUACACUGCAAAUAAGACUCCAGGUCACCAGUCUUGUGUAUGUGCAGUCUGUGUUUGCUUAUACCCAAGAAUAGUUGUGUGGAUAUGGGUAGGAAAAGGGCAGGAGAAUAAUUUUUUUUUUUUUUUCAUUUGUAAAGCAUAAUGGGCUGAAUGUAUUUUUUCCAGAUUGAAAAAGAAAAAUACAGAUAUUUUAAAGAAUGGUCACAUUGUUCAUUAAUGUCUGUAUUUUACUAAGAGAGAGAGAAAUAAAGCAGUUGGGUUUAUAUUUUUAGCAUGCAGCUUUUCAACUUCUUCUAUUCUUGGGUUAGAAUAUGCCCCUGGGUGCCAAGGGACUUACAUGUGCAGCUCAGGGCACAAUUUAGUUGCAAAGAUUCAUCCUAAAUAUCUUGCUGCCUUUUGUGUGGUAGAAAUUAAAUGGAAGGCUCUGAAUGUUCCCUGUCUGUUUGCUUUCAUGGAAGUUAGAUCAGUAGGCAUUCUUCAAGCUCCUGUUGAGUUGUGUCUGCAAUUUGGUGAAGUUGGCAACAAGAGUGCAAAUGUCAUACAAGGGGUGAUUUCUUUGGAUGGGGUCAACACUUUGAAAUAAUUGGGGUUCAUAGAGUUUAAUUCUUAAAUGUCACCAUUGGUUGCACUGUUUUAUACUUAUGAAGAUCUUUACUUCUGGGAUCAGUUCAAUAAAUCAGUGGUUUUACAAAUGUGAUUGGGAGAUUGGGUCCAAAAAACUUUGCUUUUAAUUCUCAUGGGUUUCCAAGUUGUAAAUAAAGAACAACAACAUCUUGAAUAA